AUACUUGUUUCUGUGGUAAACUGUUAAAACAACAAACAGUUUAACACGAGAUUAACGGUACCCUUGGAACCACCAACUCAAAGAGCGGCUUAAAAUGGAUCAAGUAACGGCAGUCGAUGAUUUGAUCUUCAAGGCAGGUCUACCAAAGGAGGAGAUAACACGUCGCUACACGGAAUGGGCGAAAGAUUCACAUUACGAGCAGCACAUGAAUGAAGAAAACUACCACGGCCCCCUGUACGUAGCGGAAGCGAUGGUGAAACUGUAUCCUGAAGAGGCUGCGAGAAAGAAUGUCAGCAUUCUUGAUGUAGCUGCUGGCACCGGAUUGGUGGGUAUGCAGCUACUACGUAAAGGUUUCAGUAAAAUCGAUGCUCUAGAACCUACGGAGGGGAUGUUGAGCCUGGCCAAGUCCAAGAACAUUUACACUCGCACAUUCCAGAACUUUCUUGGAGAAGAUUCACAUUGUAUUGAAGCUGAUUAUUAUGAUGUUGCUAUAAUUUGUGGUGGAAUGGGGGAAAAUCACAUCCCAUGUUCGGGGAUCGAUGAACUUUGCAGAUUUGUAAAACCAGGUGGUCACGUGAUCAUCGUCAUGCGUGAAGAGUUCUUGACGACCGUCGCAGAAUACAAAGACAGGCUGGAACCUCACAUGAAAAACUUGGAACAGGAAGGCAAGUGGGAGCCAGCGUCAAGGACAGUCGUGCCCAAGUACUAUUUCAACUAUGAUGGCAUUGUCUACGUGUUUAAGGUGAAACAGCAGUCAUCACGUGAUGCUUGAUGUCACUGUUUGAUCUUUGAGAGUGUUUUAUUGUUUACUAGUAGCAUGUACCCGGCCGUGCCCGAGAUUUGGCUACUGUAUAGGCCUACAAUCUACAUUUAAAUGUGUUAAUAUGUCAGUAAGGUGAAAUGAGAAAGCACAGGAUAGUUUCAUAACACUUGAAUGGAUUAAUGAUGGUGUUCUGCAUGAAUGAUUCUUUGAGAAUUAUAUGUGAAUUUCUCGUUAUGAUUUUAUGCCAAGAUAAUAAAUGUAAUAUAUAUGUGUAAUAUAUAUGUAAACGCAAACACACAUGUACACACACAUGUACACACACACACAUACACACACACACACACACACAC